AUGGAGCAUGGUGAACAGGCUACCAGAGAAUUUAUUACUUACUGUCGACGUAAUAACUGUGUGUCAGCAAGGAAUAUUGACCGUUUCGAGAAAGAAUACCAAGCUCAAUUAGCUAUUUGGUGGUAUACUUUCCCGUCCAAUAUCUAUUCUAUGCUCAAUUAUGGUCUUCGAACAUUGAAUGCCGAUAUAAUUAUUACUAUGGGGUUUUUUAUGUCUCAUCUGCAUCAACAAAUUCAACAACUCUUCGAGGAACAGGCCAGCACUUAUGGUUCAGAAACUUUUAUAGUUUAUCGUGGACAAGGCUUCAUGAAAUCAGACUUCAAAAAGCUUCAGAAAACAAAAGGUGGAUUAAUGUCAUUUAACAAUUUUUUGUCAACGAGUAAAGAUAAAGAUAUGUCCCUCGGUUUUGCUCAAGGUGCAUUAGAAAAUGAAGAUAUGGUGGGCAUUCUAUUCAUAAUCUCCAUUGAUCCUUGUGUUAACUCAGUACCAUUUGCCUUCAUCAAGGAGGUGAGUUAUUAUAAGGAGGAAGAUGAAAUUCUCUUCUCGAUGCACACCGUCUUUCGAGUGGGUGCAAUUAAACAAAUCGGCAAUAACAAUCAACUCUAUCAAGUUGAAUUACAAUUAACAUCGGAUGACGACCAACAACUGCGACUACUUACUGAUCGGAUACGAGAAGAAGCUAGUAGUAGUACUGGAUGGCUAAGAUUGGGCAAAUUAUUGCUAAAAAUUGGUCAGUUCAAUAAGGCUGAGGAACCUUACUCCGUUUUACUUGAACAGACAUCGGAUGAAGGUGAAAAAGCGCUUUAUUAUCAUCAGCUAGGAUAUGUCCAUUCGGAUAAAGGUAACUAUGAAAAGGCUAUUUGGUAUUACGAACAAGGCUUUGAAAUCUGGCAAAAAAUUUUACCUUCAAAUCAUCCUGAUUUGGCUACUUCAUACAACAAUGUCGCUUCGGUGUAUAUCAACAUGGGAGAGUAUUCGAAAGCAAUUUCAUUGUUUGAACAAGCACUUGAAAUCGAUAAAAUCUCUCUUCCUUCAAAUCAUCCCGAUUUGGCUACUUCAUACAACAACAUCGCUUUGGCGUAUAACAACAAAGGAGAGCACUUGAAAGCGCUCUCAUUUUACGAAAAAGCACUUGAAAUCGAUCAGAUAACUCUUCCUUCAAAUCAUCCUUCACUGGCUACCUCAUACAACAACAUCGGCAAUGUGUAUAAUCAGAUGGGAGAGUAUGAAAAAGCUCUUUCAUUUUACGAAAAAGCACUUGAGAUUUGGCAGAAAACUCUCCCUUCGAAUCAUUCUUCAUUGGCUACUUCAUAUAACAACAUCGGUUUGGCGUAUUACAACAUUGGAGAGUACUCGAAUGCAGUUUCAUUGUUCGAACAAUCUCUUCAAAUCGAACAAAAAUCACUUCCUUCGGAUCAUCCCGAUUUAGCUAUUUCAUACAACAACAUCGCUUUGGCGUAUAACAACAAGGGAGAGUACUCGGAAGCGCUCUCAUUUCAUGAAAAAGCACUUGAAAUUUAUCAAAAAGCUCUUCCUGCAAAUCAUCCUUUAUUAGCCACUUCAUACAACAACAUCGGUUUGGUGUAUUACAAUAUGAGAGACUAUUCGAACGCACUUUCAUUUUACGAAAAAGCACUUGAAACAUAUCAACAGACUUUUUCUACGAAUCAUUCUUCAUUGGCUACUUCAUACAACAACAUUGGUAACGUGUAUAAUAAGAUGGAAAAGUACUCAAAAGCACUUUCGCUUUUCGAACAAGCGCUCGUGAUCUAUCAAAAAACUCUUCCUUUAAAUCAUCCUCAUUUGGCUACCUCAUACAACAACAUUGGUAAUGUGUAUUACAAUAUGAAAGACUAUUCAAAAGCACUUUCAUUUUACGAACAAGCAUUUGAAAUUCGACAAAAAACCCUUCCUUUAAAUUAUGCUAAUUUGGCUACUUCAUACAAUAAUAUCGGUUUAGUGUAUGACAGCAUAGGAGAGUACUCAAAAGCACUUACAUAUUUAGAGCAUGCUCUAGACAUUAUACAAGAUGUAUUAACUCCAACUCAUCUUGAUAUAAAAAGUGUGAAAGAGAUUAUCGAAAUGGUAAAAAAUAAAUUAUAA